AUAGAUCUGUUGACUGGGAUAUUAUGUAAAUAUUAUGAAUUACCUUAAAAUACAGAGCCCGUAAAGUGGUACCAUGUUACAACGGAAUGCAUUUUUUUAUUUUUUACAUCCACUGUGUGUAGCUAAAUUAUUAACAAGAAGGAGGAACUAUUCCAAACAUUAAAAUUAUUUACACGGUGCCUUUUAAUGACACGGACCAUAAGCAUCGUCUGAAAGCUGUUUUAGUUCUGGACGUAAACUAUACGCUUGUUACAUCUCUUCGAAUACGAAACCUCAUCACACGAGAGCCUGAAGCGGCUCACUAGAGAACGAUGAUGCGUUACUGGGGGGAGAUCCCCGGGCCGGCAGGCGCCCCACCGAGCCGCAGCUCCUUCGACCUGCUCCAGCGCGAGUUCCGCUCGGUGGAGAUGCAGGACCCCCCUCUGCACCAGCCCUCGGCCCAGCGGCCCCGGCCCACUACCAUGCUGGACAUCCCCUCUGAGCCCUGCAGUCUCACCAUCCACACGGUGCAGCUGUGCCAGCACACCCGGCGCCUCCGCAGCCUUCUGGCUGCAGCCCAGGGGAAAGGUCUGGUCCCCUCGGAGGGCGGUGGUGCUGGAGGAAGUAGCAGGCUGGAGGAAGGGGAGGCUCUUCCCCCACGGCCACCCACGCCGCCGGCCGCCCCCGAUGACCUGCUGCCCCUGGACAGCAAGGCACCCUGGCAGCCCUUCCAGCUCUGCCACAGCGACCCUGAGAGCGACUUUUACAUGGGCAAAGGUGAGCCCGUCACCGAGCUGAGCUGGCCCUCGUGCCGACAGCUCCUGUACCAGUCAGUGGCCACAGUCCUGGCCCACGCCGGCUUUGAGUCGGCCCAGGAGAGCGUGCUGGAGACCCUGACUGACCUGGCCCACGAGCACUACCUGCGCCUCAGCCGACUGCUGCGCACGGCCGUGGACCGCGAGGCCCGCCUGGGUGCCACGCCCUUCCCGGACGUGGUAGAGCAGGUGUUCCACGAGGUGGGCAUCGGCAGCGUGCUGGCCCUGCAGCGCUUCUGGCAGGUGCGCAUCAAGGACUACCACAGCCACAUGCUCCAGGUCAGCAAGGAGCUGUCGGAGGAGUAUGAGCGGCUGGUGAACCCCGAGAAGGCCCUGGAGGACUCCAAGCCCCCGCGGAUCAAAGAGGAACCCAUGAAUGACAUCGCCUUCCCCGUCAGCGAGGAGCCAGAGGCGGACCAGGCCUCUGGGGAUCAGGCCCUCCCCAUGGGGGUGCUGGGGGCCCCAAACGAGAGGCUGACCGGGGGCCUGGAGGGGGAACACUCACCACACACCUCAGGUGGCGGAGUUGCCAUCAGCUCCCCCUUGUGGCACCUGUCGCAGGUGAAGAUGGAGCCCCAGGACAGCGAGGAGGGCCAGGUGUCAGGCCACGGGGUACUGGGGGGUGAUGUGUUCGAGGAGGGAGGGCCCAUGUCCACUAUGAGCGAGGCAGACGGCAUGGCGCCCUCGCCCGGAGGGGCGGCGUCGGACGGCAGCUAUGCUUCGCACUCUCCCGACUCACUCAUGGGCACGUCGCCCGUCUUCAACCAGAGGCCCAGGAAGCGCAUUAAGAAGAUAUGAGGAGCCUCAGACUCGCGGAGGCGGCCAUUUUGUGUCAAGGUAACAUUGGCACAUAGAGUGGCAAUACGAAACAUUGCAAGGUUCCAAACUGAUUCCUAUGCCGUUGUCCAUUUUCCCCGAACAGAUCUGAAAGUAUUGGAUAGGUCUCAACAAUAGACCCCUUUCUGUGUUUGCAAACAUUGCCGCACGAGGGCGAUGCGCGCUAGUUGGUAGUAGAACACGGGGAGUUCUUAUUGAAUGCCAGCAAAAAAAGCCUCUAUUUACAUGUUGCUUAUGAAUGCAUUUCACACUACUUUUGGGUUAUAAUUGGAUUUUAAGGC